AUGAGUACAGAAUCGAACGUGCAAUACGCCACCAACGGCUUGUUGAUGUCGCAUUUGAACGCAUCCGGCCCGUUGGGCGGCCCCAAUAUGCUUCAAGGCACAUUUGUCAAUCUGGCGCAAAACUCAUCGCCAGCAGUGACGCCAGGCGCCAUGGGCGCUCAACCGACGCUGUUCAAAAUAACAAACUUGCCUCUUGACUUGACUCAGCGGGAGGCUCUGCUCAUUUUCACGUUGGUAUCGGACGACAUUAUAAAUGUCGACUUAAAAGACUUUACCAUCGCAGUGCACUUCAAAAAUGCCGCCACCUGCUUGGCCACGGGCCGCUAUCUCGACGGCAAGUGCAUUUUCGGCCCAGCAUUUGCCCCCGUCAAGGUGGAGUUUGUGGAUUUCGAUCCUUCAAUGGGCUUGGCCCACGCAUUCGACAGCAGCAUGAGAUUGUCCAACCAGGGCAUUUCCCCUCCUUCCUCGCAUCAAAUUCUGCAUCCUACUCUGCAUCCUGUGGCGCCGCUGUCGCUGCUGAAUGCGUCGCAACUGCUGUCUCAAGCUGCUGUUCCUCCGCCGGGCUUUGAAAGUUUCCAGAAGCGGAAGUCCGUGGGAAACCAACGCUCGCGCUUCCUCUUUAGCGAUCCGUUCUCAGGCAACGCCACUCCAGCCAACACCGCGGCGCAGAAUGUGCCUGGGUCUAUUGACUUUUCCGAUCUCAGUGGAAAAUCGCUUCUUCUCAUGGAGUCGCAAAAUGACGCGCGAGAGUACGAGAGUUUGGUGCGUGAUCCAUGGGCCCAGCCGCAAAUGGGCUUUGGCUCCAACCCUCAGACCCCAGGCCUUACGGCUCCUGUGGAAUGGAGCACGCAAAAGAACCCAGAACGGAGAAGAACUAGUGCAUUUUUCAACGGCGUCCAGGACGACGAGUCGCAGCAGCAAAACCAGCAAAACAAACAGCAGCAGCAACAGCAACAGCAGGCUCAACAACAGCAGGCUCAACAGCAGCAGGCUCAGCAACAGCAGGCUCAACAACAGCAAAACCUGUCGCAACAGCAAAACCAACAGCAAAGCCAACAGCAAAGCCAGCCGCAACAGAACCAGCCACAAACUAAUCAGCCUCAGACAAACCAACAGCAUCAGCGCCAGCCUCAGACUGUCGCCGCAAUCCUAUCGCAGGGACCUACGCAGUCGAAUGGUUCGUUACCUCCAUUGGCCAUUCCGCCAACACCCAGCCGCAACGGUGCGUCUUCGGCAGGAUCUGGCUCACAACCGACUUCUGCUACAACCCCAACGUCAGGAGCCCGUUCCUCCACAAAGGAUGUGCCUGACUUAUCGUUGUUAGCCCGUGUGCCACCUCCAGCCAACCCAGCGGACCAAAACCCGCCUUGCAACACGUUGUAUGUCGGCAACUUGCCCCCAGAUGCCACUGAGGCUGAGCUCCGUGCUUUGUUCUCGCCACAGAAAGGGUUCCGCCGCUUGUCUUUCCGCACAAAGAACCAAUCGUCGAGCCUGGGUCUGGGUCUGUCGGGCCACAACCAUGGACCAAUGUGUUUUGUAGAGUUUGAGGAUGUGGCACAUGCAACGAUUGCCUUGGCUGAGUUGUAUGGCCGUGCUUUGCCUCGGCCGAACGGCAGCAAUGGUAAGGGCGGUAUCCGUCUUUCCUUCUCCAAAAACCCAUUGGGCGUCCGUGGACCGGGAAACCCAAGACGGUCCUCUACGAACCAACAGCCCUCCAGCGGCAGCACGAGUGCAAACGGCAGCAGUUAUGGCUACCAGAACUUUCAUUGA